UAUACAUGCAGGUACUGCAUUACAUUAAAAAUGUCUCACAAGCCGCCAUUACUUCCCAAAAAAACGAAGGCGUGCGGCGACGUGCGCCCGCUGCUGGCGGAAGUGUUCCGCGCUCCGCCGCCUCCGCCGCCUCCGCCACCACCGCCACCACCGCCACCACUGACACUCGACGCCGCACGACACCGGACCGCGAAUGAUGAGGACACUAAAGUGCAAAUCCUCCAACAGUUACCAGAAAAAUCAUUAGAAAUAGCAGAAAUACGAAAUAAUGAGGAUAAAUUGAGAAAAGAGUACGGCAAACAGCUGGGGCACAGGGCGCGCUCCGCGAGCUACGAGCUGUCCUACUGUGCACAGGCACAAGGAGAUGCUAACUUAGGGAUCAUACGGAGACAAGAUUUGAUGCCGACAAUUUUAGAAAAUUCUGACCAACUGCGAUGUCGUUGGCUAUUGAGGAAGACUUCGAGCGACACUAGCGCCACUGCUAAUCAGUCCGAAGAUUUAAAUUUACCUGACGAUGUCGUCUUGUCUCCCAAAGAUUUUUCAAUCGAAUCCGUAAGUUGCGAGGAGACGGCGGGCCCCCGGCCGGCAGCGCCGCGGCCCCCGCGCCCCCAGCGCGCCCCGCGUCCGCCGCCCUGUUGCGUCGUCUGCGAGCCCGCAACACUCUACUUUGUGAACUUUACAGUGGGACACGAUCAUGUGGUAAUCAUUUUGUAA